ACCCCGUUACACCUACCUUGGAAAGAAGAUCGUCGACGUAUUAGUCAUAGCCCACACAAGGACAAACAGAAGCCGGAUUGAUAACGCGCAAAGACCUGGUCAGUCUGCCCUGCCCCCUGAUGUGCGACCCCAUUGAGGACUACUUCUCGGUAAAUCACUCUCUAUCGAGACGAGAUCUGUGAUCGCAGUAGCAUGGUCAACACGAUGCAGUUCCUCGAGCGAGCUUUUCGCAACAGUAUUAAGAAAAUCACGCCUAUGUUAGUCACGAAAAUGGAACCUCACACUCAAGACGCCGUGAAUGUUGCGGAAGAUAUGAAGGACGUGGUCUAAGGAAAGUAAACGGAUAGGAACUGUCUCCACCUAUCCACUUUGAAUGCACCAAAUCUUAUUUUAAAUUUCGAUUUGCUUUCCC